AAAUACCAAAAUGUCUAAAACCGCUAAAGCAAAUUGGGUUUUCUAUCGACGAAGUCUACAGAGGUUUCGGUGAAAUGGAGAAAAUGAUGGGAAGGGCGAUGAGGCUUCUGGGAUCGCUGCCUCUCUGCAAAUCUCAUAUUCAAAUGAAGUAUUUGUUGUCAAAGCCAGCCCUUCGGAGAAGCAGGCUGAGUUUGGGUGAUAUUAUAUGCAAGGUUUUGGUUCAGGAACCUGUUUUUGGCGACCCUUUUGGUGCUCAAAAGUUUCUCUUAUAUGGGUUUCGAGGGAUUCACUCGGUUAGUUGUCUUCAGACGGUUGACAAACUUGUGGAGCCCCCAAGAAUUUCUGAAAGCAAUGCAGUUGAUGAUGGUGGUAGUGGUGGUGGUAAAGUGAAGAGGAAAAAGCUCAAGGGGAAAAGAGCUGUAGUGAGAUGGCUGAAGUUCUUCAGGUGGAAGAAGAAGAAAGAGUAUGAGAGAAUGACAGCAGAGGAAAAAAUUCUGUACAAAUUGAGAAAGGCUCAAAAGAAAGAGGAAAGGCUUGUUGAAGCUCUUAAGAAGAUUGAGCCUGUGGAUUCUUCAGAAACAAAACAUGAUCCAGAGAUAUUGACACCUGAAGAACACUUUUACUUUUUGAAGAUGGGUCUCAAAUGCAAGAAUUAUGUUCCAGUUGGAAGACGGGGAAUAUAUCAGGGUGUUAUUCUUAAUAUGCACCUGCAUUGGAAGAAGCAUCAGACUUUGCAGGUGAUCGUGAAGACGUUUUCACCUGAGGAGGUUAAAGAAAUUGCUGCUGAGCUGGCAAGAUUAACUGGAGGGAUUGUGCUUGAAAUUCAUGAAGAGAAUACAAUAAUAAUGUACAGAGGGAAGAACUAUUCUCAACCGCCAACAGAGAUAAUGUCACCCAGAAUUACUCUUCCUCGGAAAAAGGCUUUGGAUAAAUCCAAGUAUAGAGAUGGCCUCCGUGCUGUAAGGAAAUACAUUCCCAGACUCAAACAGGACCUUGAGUUGCUUCGAGCUCAAGCUAAAAGUGAACCUGAAAGUAAAAUAGAUACAACUGAAGAAACCCAAGAAAUUGAUAUUGAGAGUAAAGACCUUGGGAGGCAUGCUAGCUUUGAUUGGGAGCCUUCAGAGAAGCUGAAAGAAAUUGUAGAUGCAAGCAAGCAAGGCUCUGAGGAUGAUCUUGCAAUGGACGCAGAUAUGGUUUCCGAUUCUGAAGGUCUAUCUGAUAUUUUUGAGACUGACUCUGACUCAGAUGCUGAGGCUGAGGAGAAGGCAGAACGGCCCCUUUAUAUGGAUGAGUUUGAAAAGUUUCCUGUGGAAACUGGUGUUGAACAGGAAGAUUUUGAAGAUCACCUACAUCAAAUAUCUGUAGACUCAAAGAAGCAAAAAUCAGCAAAUGAGGAUGUGAACUCACCAAAUUUUGAUGAUGUUGAUCGGCUGUUUCUUCGUGCUGCUUCUCUUUUGAAGAAGAGGAGGAGAUAGAGGUUUGUAAGUUAUCCAUGAUGACUGAUAUAAUUUACUACACUUAUACAAAUGCACCUGUAGGUUACAAUGGGUUAACUCCUAGUUACCAAGGUUCAAUAUUGGAUGUGCAUUUUUAUCCAUUUUAUGCAUUUCCAUAGAUAACCAUGCGGACAAAGAAUGUUUGCAAUGCUGUUAUUUAGAAGAUUUGAAGAACCAACUGUAGCUUA